AUGACCUCUUUUGCUGCUAUAAUCUUCAUUGCUGGUCUUCUAACUACUGGUGUUCUAUUGAUAACUUUGGUCGUCACAUUAGCGGUAAUGCUGCAGUCUUGGGAAAGCAGGAGCAAGGGAGUAGUGCAGAUUCAUAAAGGGAGUGAUGUUUACCAUUAUUGCAAGGCUUUUUCUUCACAUGGCGAGCUCAACAGCUUGAAACAAUCCGAUAUUCCUCCGGUCUGCCGGAGUCUCUCCUUCGGAUAUAUCGAACACGGAGAAUACAACCGAGAUUUAAAUUUAUCGAUCUCGAUGAUCGAAAGCUUUUUCGAGACUAUUUCACCAUCAAAUAGUCAUCCGGAUGUUGUGUUGGUGGACAUAGAUGACAUCCUUGAUUCAGAUCCUGCAUACUCCUAUCAAUUAAUACAUCAGCAUCAGUUCAACCUGAAAUAUGGAUCUAGCAAACCAAGUGGUUCCAUUGAAGAUGCAACCAAUCUGAAGCAGCGGCUAACUGUGGAAUUGUGUAUGAAACUUCAGUCCAGAGGAUGGUCUUCGAUCCUUUUAUCGAGGAAGCACGAGAGACUGAAAUGUUACUAUUGA